AUGCUCCGCAUUGUGCAUACCGCCGACUGGGACACACCUGUGGUGAAUAUCCGCGGUGAGCAUCUAUUCGCCAGUUGGCGUGCAGUGCUGAAUGAUGGACAGCGCAGUGUGCGACCGCUGUACUCGUUCAGCAGACACGACGUCCUUACAGAACGUCAUUGGCCGGACAAACGCAUCUGGCACGGUUCGUCAAGCGGCGGCAUCCGCGCCGGUGAUUACUGUGACGGAUGGAGGACGAAUAAUCCGUCUUUGUCUGCGAUGGCUGGCGAUUUACGAGUACCUGGUGGUUUGAUCUCGGCAGCGCAGCCGCGAGCUGCGAUCAAAACCGUGUGA